UCUCGCCAUCUCCUUCCCUCGCAGGGGGCUCGGCGCGGCGGCGGCGGGGCGGAGCUCGGCAGCCCCGGCCCCGCGGCAGCCGCGGCCCCGCAGCCCCCCCGUGCAGGCGCGGAGCCGGCGGCGCACGGCGGCGGAAGCCGGGGCGGCACACGGUGGCGAACGGGGCGGCGGGCAGCGCCAUGCGGGCUGCCGCCUGCCUCCUCUCCCUGGCGCUCUGCGCCCUGCCCGCUGCCCCAGGACCGGCGACAGCGACAGCGGGGCGGCGGGGCGAGAGCCGCUUCGCGGAGCGGGAGAGCAUCAGGCCCCUGCGGCUGGUCUCCGGCGGCGGCGAGGGCGGCGGCGGGGCGCGGCGGCCGGCGCUGAGCACGCGGGUGCGGAGCGGCGCGGAGCGGACACAGUCUACCCACAUUGCUCGAGCCAGCUUCCAGGUUGAUGCUUUUGGAUCAUCUUUCAUCCUAGAUGUCACGCUAAACCAUGACCUGCUGUCUUCUGAAUAUCUGGAGAGGCAUAUCGAGCAAGGCGGGAAGACAGUGGAAGUUAAAGGAGGAGAACAUUGCUAUUAUCAGGGAGAAAUUCGAGGAAAUCCUGUAUCAUUUGUUGCCUUGUCAACAUGCCAUGGAUUACAUGGGAUGUUCUAUGAUGGAAAUCAUACUUACCUUAUUGAACCAGAUGAAAACUACACUUCAGAUGAUGACUUCCAUUCCCACUCUGUUUACAAGUCCAAGUUAUUUGAGUUCCCUUUGGAUGACCUGCCAUCUGAGUUAUGGCAAAUGAACACUACAUCACAGAAGUUUGUUGUAAGGCCAAGACACAAAAGAAGUGAAAGGCAGGUUCGUCAGAUUCCACGUAAAGUUGAAGAGGAAACAAAAUACAUUGAGUUAAUGAUUGUAAAUGAUCAUCUAAUGUGUAAAAAGCACCGCUUGUCCGUCGGCCAUACAAACAGCUAUGCUAAAUCCGUUGUGAACAUGGCAGAUUUAAUAUAUAAAGAACAACUUAACACCAGGAUAGUAUUGGUUGCCAUGGAAACCUGGGCUACUGAUAACAAGUUCACCAUAUCUGAAAACCCCUUGGUGACCCUACGUGAGUUUAUGAAAUAUAGGAGGGAUUUUAUCAGAGAGAAAAGUGACGCAGUUCACCUUUUUUCGGGGAGCCGAUUUCAGAGCAGUCGGAGCGGUGUAGCCCACACUGGUGGAAUCUGCUCCUUGCUUAAAGGCGGAGGUGUGAAUGAGUUUGGAAAGCCAGACCUAAUGGCAGUUACCCUGGCACAGACCUUGGCCCAAAACAUUGGCAUUUUCUCAGACAGAAGAAAGCUUCUCAGUGGUGAGUGUAAGUGUGAGGACACGUGGUCUGGAUGCAUAAUGGGAGACACAGGGUAUUAUCUUCCAAGCAAGUUCUCCAAGUGUGAUAUUGAAGAGUAUCAUGAAUUUUUAAAUAAUGGAGGCGGAGCCUGCCUUUUCAAUAAACCAACCAAACUUCUGGAUCCUCCAGAAUGUGGCAAUGGCUUUGUGGAAGAUGGAGAAGAGUGUGACUGUGGGACGAUAGCAGAGUGUGCCAGCGAAGGAGGAGAGUGCUGCAACACCUGCACGCUGACGGCGGGAUCCCAGUGCAGCAAUGGGCUUUGCUGUCGCAAGUGCCGGUUUGAACCUAAAGGAGUUUUGUGCCGAGAAGCAGUGAAUGAUUGUGAUAUUGCAGAGAACUGCACAGGAAAUUCCAGUCAGUGUUCUCCCAAUAUUCAUAAAAUGGAUGGAUAUUCAUGUGAUAACAAGCAGGGUAUUUGUUUCGGAGGAAGAUGUAAAACCAGGGACCGACAGUGUAAAUAUAUCUGGGGUGAAAAAGUGACAGCUGCUGACAGGUACUGCUAUGAGAAGCUGAACAUUGAAGGGACUGAGAAAGGAAACUGUGGAAGAGACAAGGACUCCUGGAUACAGUGCAAUAAGCAGGAUGUGCUUUGUGGAUACCUUCUGUGCUCCAAUAUAUCCAGUGUGCCCAGACUUGGAGAACUCGAUGGUGAAAUCACAUCGUCAAUCUUGCAGUUUGGAAAGGUCUACAAUUGCAGUGGUGGCCACGUGAAGCUCGAUGAGGAGACUGACCUGGGCUAUGUGGAGAAUGGGACACCGUGCGGGCCGAACAUGGUGUGCCUUGAUCAUCGCUGCCUCCCCAUCGAGGCCUUCAACUUCAGCACCUGCCCAGGCACCACAGACAGCCAAAUUUGUUCAGGACAUGGUGUUUGUAGCAAUGAAAUAAAGUGUGUCUGUGAUCGAUUCUGGGGAGGAGAUGACUGCAGUUCUCGCAUCAAAGAUGACAUGUUUUUUGAUAAAGAUGCCAUCAAUAAAGGUGUUGUUAGCACAAAUAUAAUAAUAGGGGCUAUUGCUGGCACCAUUUUAGUGUUGGCUCUCGUUUUAGGAAUAACUGGUUGGGGUUACAAAAACUACAGAAGACAGAGACAAAUACCCCAGGGAGAUUAUGUAAAAAAGCCUGGAGAGGCCGACUCUUUUUAUAGCGACAUGCCUCCUGGAGUCAGCACAAACUCUGCAUCUAGUUCUAAGAAGAGGUCUGCUUUUCUGUCGCAUUUUCAGAUUUCUACCUGUUCCAUCACCCAUUAUUCCAUUAGUCAGAACAUUUCAUUGUUUUGCAGCAGGUCAAAUGGAUUAUCUCACUCCUGGAGUGAAAGGAUCCCAGACACAAAACAUAUUUCAGACAUUUGUGAAAAUGGGAGGCCUAGGAGUAAUUCUUGGCAAGGUAAUAUAGGAGGAAACAGAAAGAAAGUCAGAGGCAAAAGAUUUAGGCCACGGUCUAAUUCAACUGACAGGGUAACCCAUGCAUCUGAGCCUGGGCUUUCUCUCGCCCAGGAAGUCCCGGCCCAAGGCAUAAGCCCAGGGGGUUCUGACCACCCCCAAACAGGGAGUCGGGAUAACAGGUAUUUAAACCCAUGGUUCAAAAGAGAAUAUAAUGUAGCUAAGUGGGUAGAAGAUGUGAAUAAAAACACUGAAGGACCAUACUUUAGGACACUCUCUCCUGCAAAGUCUCCAUCUUCAUCCACUGGAUCUAUUGCUUCCAGCAGAAAAUACCCUUACCCGAUGCCACCACUUCCGGACGAGGAGAAAAAAGCCAACAGGCAAAGUGCCAGGCUAUGGGAGACGUCCAUUUAGCUGCACUGUUUUCCUGCGCUGACAUCAGAACUGUUUACUGUGGAUUUUAUAGGAACUCAGCAUCACUGAGUCAUUGCACACUCAUCUGCUCUUCAGAGAAUUCAAAAGAUCAACAGAGAUGCCCUUGAUCACAGGGAGAACCGCCUCCUGUCUGGAAGGGAAAAAGCAGCCUUUUUAAAUUUUUUUUUUUGUUGACUAGUGUUUUAUGGAUAUGAUGAACAACCAAAUGGUCACAAUUAACAGCGGAUAAUUAGCCCGGAUGUGACAAGGCUAUUCCGCAUGACGGCAGAUACACUUAUCCCCCCUGCGGUCAGUUUGCCAGUCCCGCGUAAGAGAGGUUUUUCUCUGAUUUAACACAGUGCUGAGUCACACCAGAGUGGAACUGGGAACGUGCCUCCUGGAGAGCCCAGCCGAUGUAAACUCGUACGCCGUAUGCAUGAACCUUGUGUUCUUUACUUUCCACGUGUAAGGGAUAAACAACAUACUGUAGUAGAAAUUAGCAUGCAGGAGUAAGAAAUAUAGGACUUUUGUGACAGGAUUUCAAGCUUUGAAAGGCAGCAAUUUGACACAAAUGUCAAACAAACAAGGAUUAUACCUGGUUUUUGUUUGUUUGUUUGUUUGUUUUUUUACCUUAUGUGUUUAUAAUCUCAGUAUACAGAUUGUAUAUAUGUAAACAUUUGAUAAUGUCAAAAAUAGCUGUUAUACAUAAGUGUAUUUUGCCAAAUGCCUAAAGAAACAGUCAUGACUAACAUCAUCGCACUUCAAAUUUUCUAAUAUUGAGCAGACAACUUUGGAAGUACAGAAAGUACAGUACUGUAAAGCUGUGUCACUCAGAAACUGGUGUUUGACCAAAAUCUAGACUAUCUUUUCAGUAUCUUAUACUGUCUUGACAAUCUCCGUUAUAUGGUAGACUGCAGAAACCAGUACAGCAGCACUUUGUCUCAAAUCAUCGUAAGAGGAACCAGCCAAAAUACGUUGUUCAGUGAGAUGACCAGUGUAUCCUCUCUCAGGAGUAAUCAGGAAUAAUUCAGGCAGACAACAGAGUCUUUAAGUAAUGUGCAGUCCAAACUCACUGGACAUUUGGGAAUACUUUCAAGUAGUCAAUUCGGGAUGUGGUGGUGUGAAGUUCAUCUGGUGAGAGUUGCUGUGUAUUUUUGAUAGAGCAUUUCAGACACUCUUUUAUGGCAAGCCGUAGCUUUAAGAAGCGUAACAAUUUCACUGCACUAUAUAACAGUGCUGGGCAAGUGUCCAGUUUCGUUGCUGUCUUUUAAUUUAUAUUUGUUACUGGAAUCACCUUUACAUGUGCUUGAAUGCUAUGCUUGCUGCCCUUGAAGCCCACUUGACAAUUUUUUGGGGCGUUGAACUGAGUGCAAGUGAAUUUAGCCUCAAAAACUGGGGUGGGUGAAAACAAACCCUUUAUCAUGGAGAUGUUAAUCUUGUGUAUAAGUGGAUGAUUAGAUUUCUAACACCUGAGACUUCUAAAGUUUGUUCUAAACCAAAUGUCUUUUGAUUGAGAAUGUUCAGUCAGUAAGAAACGGGACCAUAUUAAAUCAGUUUAUAAGUCUCCAGCUUUCCAAAACUGGCUAAUCAUUAGCUACAGGUAGUACCAUUGCAGAAUAAAACACCAGAUCCUCCGUGGUGCAGUUGAAUACCUUGCCCAACAGCCGUGUAAUCAAUUAGAUAUUAUUGUGAUGGGAACAUCUACGGUGUUUCUGAAUCUUCUACCUCUUUCAUGUAUUUCCUUUAAUAAGUGAACCCAACACUUGCAGCCUUUUAAUAUAUUUUUUUAAGUCUCUCGAUAAAGUCAAAUAUGUGUAAGAUUAAAUUAAGAAAUGUUUAAAGGUGUCAGCAACUGUAAAGUAUGUAAGAUUUUUAGAAACACUAUAUUUUAUGAUUAGGCUGUGUGUUGGAUUGUGAAACAAUAUUGGCCUUGGAGUUCAAAUGAUUUUCCUUCGCAGUUGACAGGUUCUGGUAAGUAUUUUGGAGAAAGACAAAUAUGAGUGAGUCCAAGUGGUUGCAGACAGACCAUCUGGAAGGAGCCAGUCACUUGUAAUUCCUUUAGGAAAAGAUUCAGCACUUUUGUGAAGAGUAAAUAUCUGUCAGCACUGAAGAAUAUUUUUUGCAAAGAUUUACUUUGAGUGUAAGUAACUGGAUUAAAGAUAGUUGGUAACAUAUAGCUCAUGAAAUUAGGGCCCGAGCCGUAAUCACUUAAAAUCAAUAAAUCUUUUAUUGAUUUCACUGGACUUUGAGCAGGACCCUCAAGGAGUUCACCCACAUUAGAACAGUUUGCUAACCCGAUAGCCACUGUGUUACUCUGUCGCCUGGAAGCUGUUUUUCACUCACAUAUUAGUAUCUUGUCUUUAGUAACUGGACUGCUCAUCAUGUGCCUUUUAUGGUAUUUUGUUUGGAUACAAACUGGCAUGUAAUUUUGAAUAAUCCUGUUAGAUUUCUGUUUGUAAUUUAUGUUUGCCACUGUUGGCUCCUCCCUUUCCAUUUUGCCUUAUCAAGAAGCAGCAAGAAUUGGCAGACUGCACUGGAAGUAACAUACUAGCUCUGUGUGUAAUGUUCAUAGCUUCUUGUUUUGCAAACAAAUGGCUCUCCUGACUGUAUUUUCAAUGUAGUAUGUACUUGCAGCUUCUCUCUUAUUUUGGAAUAAUUCAUUUGUAGCAUAUGAUGAUAGAUUUUUGUGUGUAGUGUCACUUUAACAGUCACUUCCAUGUUUGGAGAUAUGUAGUGACUGGAAGUCUAGUUAUGAGCACUAAGUUAAAUAAAUAUGGACUUUCA